GAAUGGCAGAUAGUACAGGGAGCAUUGUCACCACUAAUGGUGGUCCGUCUUCACAGCGGAAAUCCUGCUCGUCGGAAUCUCCAGCGGAACUGCGAAUCCUGUGCCUCGACCUCACCUUCCACAAUCGCACCAGCCGAUUCCUGCUGAACUGCGCGGGCGUCUUUAUCCUGCACAUCCUGUACGGCUACCUGCAGGAGCUCAUCUUCACCGUGGAAGGAUUCAGACCCUACGGAUGGUUUCUGACCCUCAUCCAGUUCGGGUACCACAUCGUCUUCGGACUGGUGGAACGCCAGCUAGAGGGCUACCGGAUGAGCAGUGGAUUAUUUUUUAGCAUUGAGCCGGAGCCACGUUACAUUCCCAUGAGAACGCACCUGCUUCUGGCUGCCCUCACCCUGGGCACCAUGGGUCUGUCCAACUCCAGCUUGGGCAGCCUGAACUACCCCAACCAGGUGAUCUUCAAGUGCUGCAAACUUGUGCCCCUCCUCGAGGGCAGCACCCCCAACCAAGGCGAGCGCUACGGACUGCUGCACUUUAUGGCGGCCACCUGCAUGUGCAUCGGAUUGGCCUGGUUCACGCUGGCCGACUCCCAGAUGACGCCCAAUUUUAGCUUGUUGGGCGUGGCCAUGAUCUCGGGAGCGCUGCUCUGCGAUGCGGCCAGCGAAAGUGUCCAAGCGAAGGCCGUGCGGGAGCACAAGGCGUCCAGCAGCGAUUUGGCCUUCUACUCCCACGGCCUGGGAUUCAUGUGCCUCUUUGUGAUCAUGCUCGUUACCGGCGAUUUCUUUAGCGGCCUUGCCUUCUGCUUGGAGCACCCUGUGGAGACCUUCGGCUAUGCGUUCCUGAUCAGCCUCUCUGGCUACCUGGGCAUCCAGUUUGUGCUGGCCCUGGUGGGAAGCAGUGGGGCUCCCAUGGCUGCCACAGUGACCACCGCUCGCAAGGCUGUGACCAUUGCCUUUUCCUUUGUGCUCUUCAGCAAGCCUUUUACAUUGCAGUAUCUUUGGUCUGGCCUUAUAGUUGCCAUGGGCAUCUAUCUCAACGCAUACAGCAAAAGGAACAAGCUGACUUUGGCCGACAUCCGGCAAGGAUUAAAUCGAGUCGGAGCCAAGGCUGCACAUAGUCGCGAAUUCCGCAUCGAAGUUUAGUCCAAUGCCAAAAACAUGAUAUACAUUUUAGUCGAACUGGAACAAACGUUUUCUGUAAGUAACUUACUUAGUUAUAUGCUUAAAAACUCCGUAAAAAAUAAAAAUGCAAAUGAAGUGCACUGUUAAGAAUAACGUUGCGCAUCCAAA